AUGCACCAUUUGACAGGACAACCUAAUAUCGUCGAACUCAAAGGCACUUACGAGGACAGACAUUCGGUGCAUUUGGUAAUGGAAUUGUGUGCAGGUGGAGAACUUUUUGACGGGAUCAUCUCUAAGGGACAUUACACAGAACGAGCUGCUGCGUCCUUGCUCAGAACAAUAAUAGAGAUCGUGCACACAGCACACGUACCAUUCAAUGGGGGGCAUUCACCGGGAUCUCAAGCUGGAGAAUUUUCUGGGCAGGAGGAUGGAGAAGCACCUGGCACGCCGUUGGAUAACACAGUUCUAAGUAGACUCAAACAAUUCCAAGCCAUGAAUAAGUUCAAGAAAGUAGCACUUCGGGUUAUUGUAGGCUGCCUAUCAGAAGAAGAAAUCAUGGGAUUAAAACAAAUGUUUAAAAGCAUGGAUACUGAUACCAGUGCGGUCAAACAAAAGGAGGAGACUUACGGAUUCACUAUACAAUUUCCACAAAUUCUUCAGUGGAGGGAAGGCCGGCUGGUUUGCAAAUCUCCUAGAAACUACGAAUCAUGGGCUAAUGGUCGAUUUUAG